UACAAAGAACCGCAGAACACAACACACUUGAGGAGAGCGAAAGUUAAAGUGGUGAAGUUGAAGUAAAGAGUAAACGCAACGGCAACAAUGUGGGAAUAUUCCAUUUUAAUGGUGAUGACCUUUCUCUCAACAGGUGUUCAGUGUGAGAGAACUGAGGUGUUUGUUCAAGCUGGUGCUCAAGCUAUUCUACCAUGUAAAUGUAGCUCUGUGUCGUCCUCGUCUCCCACUAUCAUCUGGAGUAACAACAAGACGGGAACUGUUUGGAGAAAAGACAAGAGUGGUCUGCAGUAUCGGGGCCACAGCUGGACAAAGGAUGGGCCUGUGCGUAUUCACUGCCCCCACACCCUGUUUGAAAGAGGCGACUGCAGCCUGCACAUCAACCAUGUGAGAGAGGAGGAUGCUGGGAUUUAUUCCUGCAGUGUGCAACAUGAAAAGAAGCAUGUUGAAACUGAGGUCAUGCUCAGAGUCAUUAAAGUGUCUGUCGUCCCGUCGUCUCCCUUAAUGGGACGAAGUGUUUCCAUCAGCUGUGGUGUGACCCCUUGGCCUUACAGUGCCACUCUGCGCUGGACAUUGAAUGACAGCCCAUAUGAUCUACAGACUACAAACAUAAACACUCUCAGAACAGUUGAAACAAAAGCAUCCGAGAAUCUGGUGGGAAAGUGGACCUGUGUCGUCGGCUACAAGAGCAAAACUGGGCAAGCUUCAGCACAUCUGUCUGUAAAAGGAAUCCGCCAACCUGCUAAAGACAAUGCAAAGGUGUACGCAGCCGUGGGAUCUGCCACUACACUCCCCUGUGUGUUUUCCCCUGGCUUAAUCCCCACCGAUCUCAGCUGGGACAAACUGAAAGUCGGAUAUCUGUUUAAACCAGCUAUCGACCACCUUCCUCCUUCGUUUUCUCCACCGUCUCCCUCCAUAAACGUCACCUGGGAUAAGUCUGCCAAUUUGAGAGAAGUUGGGUUUGAGGAUGCCGGCACAUACAGAUGCUCAGGAACCGUUGAAGGACAAAAGAUGACUCGAAAUAUGCAGCUCGUUGUUGCGAAAGUUGACACCACUGUCUCAUCAAAGAAAAACAUCCCCAUGACUCUGACCUGCCAACUGACCGACACCAGUGAUGUCACCGAAUAUGUGUGGGUUCAUGUGACCUAUGAUGUUAACGGAAGUCAGUCCAUUGGAUCCAUACACAAAGGGAAAACACUUGCUCUCAGCCAAGUGUCUGAGGACAACCGGGGCGAAUGGGCAUGUCGUUUUUAUGGCAAGGAAGGCUUUUUAGGAAAUGUAACAUACAACAUUCAGCUGAUGAGUCAUCAGAGUGGAGAAAAACCUGCCAGUCUUUCACAAAACACCGCUGCAGUGGUCGGACUCAGUAUUCUCUUACUUGUUCUUCUGCUGGUUUUGGUUCAGAUGUACAAGAACCAUCAAAGGAGGAAAAAGAUAUUUCAGUGCCAUGCGAUGGAAACCAUCAUUCACACCAUUGCUAAUGAGCGUGAAGAGAGAGAAAGAAACCAAAUGGAAAAGUAGAAACAAAUAACGACUGAAGCAAUGCAGAAAAUGUUAAAACUGCAGUGAGACACAAUCUCUUCAUGCUGGUGAUAAGUUGGGAGACUUAAGUUUGCACAUACAUGUAAUUAAAGCAGAUGUUGUAGCAGUAUGUUAUUUUUAGCAAACAUAGUUGACAUGUUGUGCUAUAAAUUACUCUGUAUAUUAGUUGUUUCUGCUGUUUUAUGCUGUGUAAAAAAUGCUUGCAGAUACACUGUAUAUAUGUGUUGAGAAUAAAAUGCCAUAUAAAUAAAGUUUAACACAAUUAAAUGAGGAUUUA